AUGUCUUGGCAGGCUGUUUGUUGCGUCAUCUCGAUCGUCCGUAAGGCUACAGCAGAUUCUCCAGAUUCUCUUGGCAGAGGUCAUAAAACCGCCAAACCGGAGGGAUUAAUGUCGUUUUUUAGACAGGCUGGGAAGACGGCUAUAUCGAAUUAUUUGGGAGAACAAAUUGACAUAGAAUCGCUCGGAGAAUAUCGUCCAACAAAAGGGGUUCGCAUCGUAGAAUUCGAGAGCCACGAGUUGGAUAUUCGCGAGCAGAGAAUCGAGAUCGAUGUUGAGUUAUGGGAUUGCAGUGGAGAUACAAGUAAAUGCAAGAUUUCGAUUCAUAGAUACCGCGAUUGCUGGCCAGCUAUUAGAGAGGGCAUCGAGGGAGUGAUCCUCGUUGCGAAUCCAGACGAAAACAAAGGAGAGGAUCUAAAAAUUUGGUACCAGGAAUUCAUUGCCGCCACGAAUUUGGAUCCCGGGAAUGUGUUAAUCGUUCUGAACGAGAUCGGUGAGAAACGAACAAAUGACGGAGCAAUCUCGGAGUUUCGCCUUCCUCCGCAGCUUUCGCCUGCAGUUUGCGCGGCAUGUAAUCUUCGCAACGAAGGUGAACAACUUCGUCUGGAGUUUAACCAGUUUCUUGUCACCAUAAUCGCCAAGUCCGAGGACCAACAACGAAACGACGAAUAG